AUGCCUGCUGCAGUUGUCAAAAAAUGGGAUAAAUUGUCAGGUACUGUAGAAAAAGUCUCAACCUGCCAAAGCCGAAUUCUCUGUGGGGGGCUUGCUGAGUCCCAAUAUAUCCGCAAGAGGCUUGGGGAGUAUUGCCAAAAGCACCUCGACGCCAAGGCAAUCGUGCCAACCUCUCCCUGGGCCGCGAUUGCUCGUGGGGCGGCUCUCAGACGUCUCAAGCCUCGGUCAAUUAUCACGGCACGAAAGGCUCGGCGGAGCUAUGGGGUAGCUGUACAUCGCGCAUUUGAGGGAGGCAUCGACAGAGAAGAAGACGCCUUUAUUCACCCUAAGCUAGGCAAGCGCGCAAGGAAUCAGAUGUCUUGGCACAUUAAAAAGGGAGAAAACAUUCCCCUAAACAAGAAAAAAUGGCUCAAGGGCUUCAUUGAAAUUGGCGGGAGCAUUGGCGAGAAGGGAAAAAUCGACAUACAAAGCAGUGAUCUCGAUCGGGCGCCAAAGACAAGGCACGAUGAUGGUGAGAUAGAGCUAGAGCUUUACCUAGGAAGCGAGCUGAUUCAAGAGACAGGAGUGGAAAAGAUCGGUGAACUGAGCCUUAACUUCAAGGAUGUUCCCCAUCCAAAGAAAAUGAAGCUCGGGAAGCAUUCAUGGGUGCCCCGAACUGCAUUAAGGAAUCAGACUGUUCACAUCGGGCAGAUCAUCUAUUCGGACAAGGACAAUGACAUCAUCCAAUUUGUCGCCAUGGUCGGGAAAAAACAGGUUGGCAUAGAGGAGUUUGUGUACAAAAAGGACAUCCAAGAUGAUGGAAACAGCAACGAAAAAGACAGGGAGAUGGAUUACGACUUGGUCGAGGCGAACCAUUACGGCGGUGAGGACGAUGGCGACGUGUCAGAGGACCAUGACUCUGAAGCCUCGCCGGGCCGACGUAACUCCGUGGGCGGCGCUGGCAAGUUAGCAUUGGCAUUAGUGGCAUUGAUCCUCCUGGCAGCGACACCGCUGGCCUGGCCCCAACAACACCCUUCUCUCGCUGUCUUCUGCUCCCAAGUCUGCGCGAGAGACUGCUGGUUUGUCGACUCCGUUGCUCUGAUCCACUGCCUUCCCCAUGACCCCUCUAUGACAACCCCGGAUGCCUUCAGAGAUGCGGAGUACAUCGCUGACGUCUCUGGCAUCUCCGACCAUCACCAUGUCACCGACGGCGACCGCACUGCGACUCCAGCUCGCUCGGGCCUGAGGCGGAAAGCCCAGACAGCUGCGAAGAUCGCCUUCAUCGAUCGUUUGCUGCGUGACCUCGACAUUGUCAUUUACUGCGAGCUGUCCGCCUUGUACUAUAUGGAGUAUGCUUCUACAGACCUCAUAUUCUUUACCCCGAAAGCACCUCCGUUCGACCCGACGAGAAACCAGCCCUUUAUUGGCGCGAUCUUCAGCAGCAAUCUCUUCUGCAUGCUGCUCCAUCUCCUAUUUGUGCAUCCAGACGCUGGGGAAGAGACCCGCGGUUAUCUCCAUGGGGGACUUUUCAUCGACUUCAUCGGGCAGAAAGCCCCGGUACCGAGGCUGCGCCUCUUAAUGUUUGAUGUCCUCGUGAUGGUUCUGCAUCUCAUCAUGCUAGGUCUCAUUGUGGAACGUGUAAAGACGAAUUCUGCAAAUACGUCUACCCCAUCUACGACUACCAGACAGCGUUCCAGACAGGAUCUUGACGCGGAGGAGCGGGGUGUGCGAAGAGAUGAGCCACGAGUAAGGCCGGGCGACCGUGGACUUGUUAACGACCAUACGAGCACAGGUCUAAGCCCUGAGCGGACUGAACUUCUUGCAGAACCGUUGGAAGAUGGCUCAGGACACGUGUCGCGAGACAGUCAUCCCUUGGACACGUUUGUUUCGGGCGAAGCGGUGCUCAUGGACAUGAGCAUCAUCGAUACGAUCCGUGACCAAUGGCGCUAUAACCCGGCGACUAUUCCCGCGCGGUCUUCCUUUGUGCCCUCCAACGAGACUACGACUUUCCUGCGGGAGAGAGAAGGCGGUGACCGAGAGCAACGGCCCCGCAAGCCUUGGCAGAACAGCUCCGGCGGAAGCUCCUCGUCGGCCCUCUCCGUACUGAAUCGUAUACGUAGCUCUCAAUUCGUGCUUCGUCCAGCUCAGAAGAUGAACACGGCACGUCCUCUGCAGCUGCUGGGCGCCGCAGUCCGGCGGCGAGCCAUCCAAUCGCCAUUGUCGCGGACUUUCACCAGCUCCAGCUCGACGUCGAUACCAUCAAACCUAGUUCCUCCGCGCGGUUGGACACCCACGCCCUUCGUGACUGAGACGGUGGGAGGUGGCUGGCACACAUAUGAUAUUUUCUCCAGAUUACUAAAGGAACGAAUCAUCUGUCUCAAUGGCGAGGUCGACGAGACGGCGUCCGCUUCGAUCGUCGCGCAGCUGUUGUUUCUGGAAGCGGACAAUCCGGAGAAACCGAUCCAUCUGUACAUCAACUCCCCUGGCGGGUCUGUGACAGCAGGGCUCGCGAUCUACGACACGAUGACUUAUAUCGCAUCCCCCGUCAGCACCAUCUGCGUUGGACAGGCAGCCUCGAUGGGCUCACUGCUCCUGGCCGGUGGACACCCCGGCAAACGCUACUGUCUACCUCACUCCUCGAUCAUGGUGCACCAGCCAUCCGGAGGGUACUUUGGGCAGGCGACGGAUAUUGCCAUCCACGCGAAAGAGAUCCUCCGUGUCCGAAACCAGCUGAACCGGAUCUACCAGCGGCAUCUGACGAAGAAGAUGACACUGGAAGAAAUCGAGAAGCUGAUGGAGCGCGACUACUUCAUGGGCGCCGCCGAGGCGCUGGAGAUGGGCAUCGUGGACGAGAUUCUGGACCGCAGGAUCAAGCCUAAGGAGGAAGGAGGGGAAGGAGAUGGGCAGCCACCGACGGCAUAA